AUGUAGCAACAUUAUUCUUAAUAAGUUAUACCUUAAACAUAUCAAUAACCUUAGAGAAACGCUUCCAAUUCACCUCUUUAAAGAGUUGCUUCUCCUCAACAUUUUACACCCACACAUAAUUAACCCAAAUAAAAAUAUGAAGGUGAGACUAAUAAUAAUUACUCAAGAGAUUUGAGACCUAAUAAUAGAUAAGCUAGCAAUCUUCCUAAUGGACAAUCUUAUGAAAAUAUGGUCUUAAGAAUUUAAACUUUAGAGAAAGAAAACUAGAAUCUCAAAUAAUAGCUUUAAAAUGCUAAUAAUCAAAUUCAAAUAUUAAACUAAAAAGUAAAUCAGCAUCCAACUCAAAGUCUACUUAAAACUACUACAUUUGAACUUGUUGUUCUUUAAAAAGCUGUAGAAUAAUUAGAAGGGUUGAAGAAUGGGUUAGCUAAAAAAAAGUUGUUAGGAAGUAAUAAUCAAACAACACUUCCUGAAUCUUAAAAAGAUGUUGGCAGUGAAUUUAAGAGUANUCGAAUGAAUGAUUCUACUAUUGCCAAAAUAAUAAUAAUCCUUAAUAAAUUUAUAUUAAUUAAGGAUUAGUUUACAAUUUCAAUUUUUUAUUAUUGUUCCAUUAAUCAAAUGCAGCUAAAGUUAAAGUAUUUCCUAUUAAUAAAAAACUUCAGCUGUUUUUCAUUAAUUGUUUGUUCAUUAUCAUUAUUAUAUUGUUAGCAUUUAUUUAUAAAUUAAUAUAGUAAACCAUAUAAAAAUCCAAUUAUCAUUCCUUGCCAAUCAAAAAUAAAUGAUAGUGUAUUAGAAGGAAUUCUGCCAUGUAGAUAGCCAACAUUGAAUAUUUACUCUGAUUUUUUACUAAGCUAUUUAAGGUAACAAUUAUGUCAAAGCCAAUCAUAAAUUUAAGUGCACCAAGAAAAAAUUCAUAUAGAAUAACUUACAAAGCUAUUUAUUUGCAUAUAAAUAGUAAUCAAAAUAUUGAUGCUUUUUAUAAUUUAACAUCUACCCAUCAUUUUCAUCGAUAACCAAAUAAGCGUAUCAAGAGUUCCUUUUUCGAAUUUUUAAACUCACAUACUAAAAUUCUUGCAUGGUAAGCAAUUUAAUAAAUAUAUAUAAUAAUAAAAUAAUCUUAACUCUUUUUUAAUUAAUAGAGCUUAUCAAAAGUGUUUUGAUAAACUCGAUUAGAAUAUAUUCUAUCUUUAAGAAAAUAUCCUAUUUCUCAAUAAAAAUCUUAAAAAUCUGACUGUUAAUAUUUUUAUUAAAUGUAGCAACAUUAUUCUUAAUAAGUUAUACCUUAAACAUAUCAAUAACCUUAGAGAAACGCUUCCAAUUCACCUCUUUAAAGAGUUGCUUCUCCUCAACAUUUUACACCCACACAUAAUUAACCCAAAUAAAAAUAUGAAGGUGAGACUAAUAAUAAUUACUCAAGAGAUUUGAGACCUAAUAAUAGAUAAGCUAGCAAUCUUCCUAAUGGACAAUCUUAUGAAAAUAUGGUCUUAAGAAUUUAAACUUUAGAGAAAGAAAACUAGAAUCUCAAAUAAUAGCUUUAAAAUGCUAAUAAUCAAAUUCAAAUAUUAAACUAAAAAGUAAAUCAGCAUCCAACUCAAAGUCUACUUAAAACUACUACAUUUGAACUUGUUGUUCUUUAAAAAGCUGUAGAAUAAUUAGAAGGGUUGAAGAAUGGGUUAGCUAAAAAAAAGUUGUUAGGAAGUAAUAAUCAAACAACACUUCCUGAAUCUUAAAAAGAUGUUGGCAGUGAAUUUAAGAGUAAAGUAACAUUAGCAGAAGACAAAAUUAGUUAAUCAAUUUAAUAAUCACAAGUAAUUGUAUUAAAAUAUUCAUCAAAGGCAAAUCUAUUAUUUCCAAAAGAACAAUAAGUUUAAAAUUAUUAAUCUAAUCCCCCUAAUAAAGAAACAUAAGAAGAAACAAGAUAGGGAAGAAGAAUAUUAGGAAAUACAUAAUCUGAUUAAGUUGAUGAUAGAACAAAGAGUAGUCCAAUUAAAUAUCUAAAUGUUAAAGCUAAUGCUAAUUAGAUUUCAUUAAGAAUAUCUCCUAAAGGAAGAUCAGAAGUAUCAUAAAAUUGA